CCUAGUGGGGAGAACCAAGAAAGCCGAAGUAACCAAUCCAAACAAGCAAGGGGAGAAAGCAAGGAAUCCCCAAUGGCUCAUCGCUUUCUCCUCCCCAUCCUCCUCCUCUCUCUGGCGCGGGCGGUCCCCGCCGUGGACAACGAGGACCCCCUGAUCCGGCAGGUGGUCUCUGGCGGCGACGAGAAUGACCUGGAGCUGAACGCCGCGUCCCACUUCGCCAGCUUCGUGCAGCGGUUCGGCAAGUCGUACAAGGACGCCGACGAGCACGCGUACCGGCUGUCCGUGUUCAAGUCCAACCUGCGCCGCGCGCGCCGGCACCAGCUGCUGGACCCGUCGGCGGAGCACGGCGUCACCAAGUUCGCCGACCUCACCCCCGCCGAGUUCCGCCGGACCUACCUCGGCCUCCGCAAGUCCCGGCGCGCGCUCCUGAGGGAGCUCGGGGACUCGGCGCACGAGGCGCCCGUGCUGCCCACCGACGGGCUCCCCGGCGACUUCGACUGGAGGGACCACGGCGCCGUCGGGCCCGUCAAGAACCAGGGUUCGUGCGGGUCUUGCUGGUCGUUCAGCGCGUCGGGGGCUCUGGAGGGGGCGCACUACCUCGCCACUGGCAAGCUGAAGGUGCUUUCCGAGCAGCAGAUGGUCGACUGCGACCAUGAGUGUGAUCCAUCAGAACCUGAUUCGUGCGAUUCAGGAUGCAAUGGUGGGCUGAUGACUUCAGCCUUCAGUUAUCUUUUGAAAUCUGGUGGCCUUGAGAGCGAGAAGGAUUACCCUUACACUGGGAUGGAUGGUAAAUGCAAAUUCGACAAGUCCAAGAUUGUUGCUUCCGUUCAAAACUACAGUGUUGUCUCUGUGGAUGAAGAUCAAAUUGCUGCUAACCUUCUCAAACAUGGGCCACUGGCAAUUGGUAUCAACGCCGCCUACAUGCAGACAUACAUUGGCGGUGUGUCAUGCCCAUACAUCUGCGGCAGGCAUCUUGACCACGGUGUUCUUCUUGUUGGCUAUGGCUCGGCUGGUUUUGCCCCCAUCCGCCUGAAGGAGAAGCCCUACUGGAUCAUCAAGAACUCCUGGGGCGAAAACUGGGGGGAGCACGGGUACUACAAGAUCUGCAGGGGCUCCAACGUCCGCAACAAGUGUGGUGUCGACUCCAUGGUCUCAACGGUGUCCGCCAUCCAUGCCUAGGAGUAGACUCUGAUCAGUAGUCCUCCUGACGUUACUCGUCGUGUUGUGCCAGAACAUUACUACGUAGCAUUUAGGCUCCAUCUGUGUGCUGUUAUAUAUAGGCAGCGAAGAUGUGAAGCUGCAACAUUGGUUUGCUACGCAUGCUACACACUAUUUGGAUGUAGCUAAAUUAUCACCAACUACGCUUUUAAUCUGCAGAACUUUUGAAUAAUUUGUAUGUAUAUAAAAAAUAUGGUGUGCUUCCAUCUAA